GCCCAGAGCUUCACACCCAGGACCUCCCUGGCCACUGGCAGCCCACCAGCGGAGCUCAGCCCACCAAGCUGACCAGCCGUAGGGAGCUGCGAUGGGACGGGCGUCAUGAAUGGUGCCGGCCCUGCCGCCGCCGCCGCCGCUCUGGGCCCGGACUGGCGUCAGUUCUGCGAGCUGCACGCUCAGGCGGCCGCCGUGGACUUCGCGCACAAGUUCUGCCGCUUCCUGCGGGACAAUCCGGCCUACGACACACCAGACGCCGGCGCCUCCUUCUCCCGCCACUUCGCCGCCAACUUUCUGGACAUCUUCGGCGAGGAGGUGCGCCGCGUGCUGGUGGCCAGACCGGCGCCUGGGGAAGUGGCCGAGCCCCCCGACGCCAUGGACCCAGAAACGGCAGAGCCCCCGACCCUCAAGGCGGCGGCAUACGGCCACUCCCGGAGCUCGGAGGACGUGUCGGCGCACUCAGCGGCCAAGGCCCGCGCCCGCAAGGGCUUCUCGUUUCGCAACAUGAGCCUGUGUGUGGUGGACGGCGUGCGCGACAUGUGGCACCGGCGCGCCGAGCCUGAGGCCAGCGCCCCCCCGCGGGCUGCCGAGCCCCCGGCCGAGCCACGCGACAAGUGGACGCGGCGCCUGUGGCUGUCUCGGACGCUGGCGGCCAAAGUAGAGUUGGUAGACAUCCAGCGGGAGGGCGCGCUGCGCUUCAUGGUGGCCGACGACGCAGCCGCGGGCCCCGGCGGCACUGCCCAGUGGCAGAAGUGCCGUCUACUGCUGCGCAGGGCCGUUGCUGGCGAGCGCUUCCGCUUGGAGUUCUUCGUGCCGCCCAAGGCCUCCAGGCCCAAGGUCAGCAUUCCCCUCUCAGCCAUCAUCGAGGUCCGCACCACCAUGCCCCUGGAGAUGCCAGAGAAGGACAACACGUUUGUGCUCAAGGUGGAGAACGGAGCUGAGUACAUCCUGGAGACCAUCGACUCACUGCAGAAGCACUCCUGGGUGGCUGACAUCCAGGGCUGUGUGGACCCUGGGGAUAGUGAGGAAGACAGCGAGCUCUCGUUUGCUCGGGGAGGCUGUCUGGGCAGCCGCGUGGCCUCCUGUAGCUGUGAGCUCCUGACAGAGGCAGCAGACCUGCCCCAGCCCCCAGAGACAAUGGAAGCAGUGGGUGCUGUGGUGACCGCCCCACACAGCCGGGCUCGGGAUGCCAUUGGGGAGUCCCUGGUCCAUGUCCCGCUAGAGACCUUCCUACAGACGCUGGAGUCCCCGGGCAGCAGCGGCGGCGGUGACAGCAGUAACACAGGGGAGGAGGGAGCAGAGCCCGAGCCUGACCCUGAGCUGGAGCUGGAGCUCUCCGACUACCCCUGGUUCCAUGGGACCCUGUCACGGGUCAAGGCAGCUCAGCUGGUGCUGGCAGGGGGGCCACGGAGCCACGGCCUCUUCGUGAUCCGCCAGAGUGAGACUCGGCCUGGGGAGUAUGUGCUGACCUUCAACUUCCAGGGCAAGGCCAAGCACCUGCGCCUGUCCCUGAAUGGCCACGGCCAGUGCCACGUACAGCACCUGUGGUUCCAGUCUGUGCUUGACAUGCUCCGCCACUUCCACACCCACCCCAUCCCGCUGGAGUCAGGGGGCUCCGCCGACAUCACCCUGCGCAGCUAUGUGCCGGCCCAGGGUCCCCCACCUGAGCCGGGACCUGCGCCCAGCGCCGCGCCCACUGCGCUCGCCUGCUGGACCGAGCCGGCCGGCCAGCACUACUUCUCCAGCCUCGCGCCUGGCGCCUGCCCACCGGCCUCGCCCUCCGAGCCGCCCGCCACCUCGUCCUCGGCCCCUUCGUCGUCCUCAGCCGCGUCCGCCUCCCUGCCCGCGCCCGCGCGCGCCGCCGAGGGCCCACUCAGUGCGCGCGGCCGCAGCGACAGCACCGAGCGCCUGCGGGAACCCCCCGGCAGUGGCGCCGACGAGCCCCCCGAGGCGGGCGCUGGCGAGGGCGCGCGGGGCCGCCCACGGGCGGUUGAGAACCAGUACUCCUUCUACUAGCGCCCUUGCACUGCCAGCCACCAGCCGGCGGGCCACGGCUCCCGGCUGCCCCGCCGGCGCUGGGUGGGAGAAGCGAAGCUCUUCAGUGAAGACAUAAAUGAUAUUAA